AGAUUCAAACGGAGCGGGCUCGAGCCUGGCAGUUAGUCAUUAGGGGAGGGGUUGGCGAGCAGAUUGUAUCGCGCCUAGAGUUCUGCUGCUUUUCGUCAUGGCUCACAAGGAUAUCUACUACUCCGAUAAGUACUUUGACGAGCAGUACGAGUACCGGCAUGUAACGCUGCCAAGAGAACUCUUAAAACGAAUGCCAAAAACUCAUCUUCUGUCUGAAGAGGAAUGGAGAAGCCUUGGAGUUCAGCAAAGUCUUGGGUGGGUUCAUUAUAUGAUCCACGAACCAGAGCCACACAUUCUUCUCUUUAGAAGACCUCUUCCAAAAGACGAUCAGAAAUGAACCACUGUCUAGAAAUAUUCUCCUUAAUCUUCUGGAACUUUGUGUAUGCAUGUAAAUAUGUUGGUAGUAUUCAGUGAAUACUUUAUGUACAAAACAUACAACUGUAUCUGUGCAUGAGCUGUAUUAUUCACAGCAACAAAGCUCAGUCAAAUACAAUUUCUAUUAGGCUGCUAUUCUUUCAAAGAGAAUGGGAUUUAAUUUUUAAUGUCUCUUAGUCUGAAAUGAGUUCUCUUUAAUAAAGUUUACUGUUGUA